AUGUCUCCCUUUUCCUCCAAAUCUCGAUCUGGGUCUCGCCGUUUCUACAGUCCCUUCUUCUCUUCUGGUUCUUCAUCUACGCAAACACUGACCGUGACAGCUCGCAGUCCGUCGCAUGUGGUGGUCGACUUGGCGUGUCCUCGCGUCAAGGACGCCGUGGGCGCGUUGGUCAACUUGAAGCCGCUGUGUCAAAAGGUCCGAUCGGCUACCGUCCACGCCAACACGCUCUUUGAACAACCCGGUCGCUUUGGGCGCAUUCAGUUUGAAAUGUCGCACGUCUUGAACAUUUUCGAAAAGUUGGCGGCGCUGCCCAACUUGACUUGUCUCUCGAUUGAGAUGAACUAUCACGUCAUUUCCCUGCCUGUUCAGGCGUUGCUUACUAUCAUGGCGAAAAAGCAACUCAAGCGCUUGACGUUGAAGCACUUGCAAAUGAUUGGCACGUGCAUGGAAGAGUUCCAAAUGCUCGCAGACAUGGCGGCUCAGCAAGAUCAAUUGCAUUCCUUGACGCUCGAAUGCGUGAGAGGAGUCUCGGGAGUUCAGGCACUUGUACAGCACUUGCCAAAACUCUCUGAUCUGCGCAUGUCCACGACCACCUUGACUCCUGCUGUAUGCAACAACAACUAUAAGGAGGAACAACAGCAAGAUGACGCUCAAGCUAUGCUUUCUCGCGAAACCUAUGUCAAGUUGCUCACAACUGGGCUGCACACUCUCAAACUCGAUGACAUUGCCGAAUUCGAUGAUCAACACUGCCACGCACUGGCCGAAGCACUGGCUUUGCCCGGAUGUCAAUUGCAAGAGUUGCACUUGUCUUCCAGCAUGCUCUGCGACUCGAGUGCCAAGGCCAUGACGGAUAUGCUGCUCGUCAAUACAUCCCUCAAGAAGGUUACGCUUCAUAUUGAUUCCGAACUCAUGGGACAGUUGACCGCCAAUCUCAUCAAAGCGGAUACACCCGUUUUGAAGCACUUGGAUAUUCGGCUCUACAACGACAUACCCAUCAUGACGGAAGACUGCAUCGAAUUGGCCCAUGCCCUUCGUCGCAAUACUCACUUGACCCAUCUGAGGAUUCGUCUCGAAAUUGAACUCGAAUUGUUGCCACGAGAAAUCAUCCAGGCAUUCGAGGAUGUCGUAGCCAAUACGCCCACAGUUGCACUGCAGUCCUUGUCCCUCGAUGAUGGCAUUUAUCGCUAUCCUCUUCCGGCCGCCAUGAAGUUGCAACUCCAGCUCAAUCAAUGCGGGGUCCGCGCCCUCUUGCAGCAACCGGCACGCACGGUCCCUCAGUUGGUCGAUACCCUUGUCGUCGCAUGCACCCAACAAACCACGUUGGAUGCUACAUUCACACUCUUGUCCAACAUGCCCGAAUUGAUCCAUCUUGCACUCGAACAAGGCAAUCUAGAUGGCGACAACAACGAACAACCUCACAACAAUGAUGAUACUACUCCACCUCCGCCCACCAAGCUUCGUCAUUCCUCUUCCAAAGAAUGGAAAAAGAUUGCCAUGAUGACACGAACAUCUCUACGAUCCCCUUACAAAAAGGUCGUCAAAAUGUUGAUUCCUCCUUCGGCAUAA